UCAUUAUCAAUAACAGAUGAUGGAGUAUCAAAUGACUCGGUGACAGCAUCACUUAAUGGACUCAAUCAUCAACAACAACAACAUCAGCCAAUGGCACCGGUCGUCUACAAGUCAGUCGAUGUGAACGGACAGUGGAUAUCAAACAAGCUGAAGGAGCGCGAGCCCGAGUUCACCAAGAAGGAGAGCAUGGUCAUGUUCCUGGGCACCUGGAACGUCAAUGGCAAGAAGCCCACAGAGUCGCUCGAUCAGUGGCUGGGCGGCGCCAAUCCAAUGGCGCCCGACAUCUACGCCAUCGGCUUCCAGGAGCUCGACCUGACGGCCGAAGCGCUGCUGCUGGGCGACACGACGCGCGCCCUGCCCUGGGAGCACGCCAUCACACAGACGCUACAGACACAGGGCGACUACAUAAAACUGACGAGCAGGCAGCUGGUUGGCAUCCUGCUGUUUGUCUACGUCAAGAAGGAGCACCGUGCACACAUCACCCAUCUGCAGUCAGACAUUGCCGCCGUCGGCAUCAUGGGUAUGAUGGGCAACAAGGGAGGCGUGGCCAUCCGCUUCCAAUUCUACAACACAUCCAUCUGUGUCAUCAACUCACAUCUGAACGCCCACACUGAGAAUGUACUGCGUCGCAAUCAAGACAUGAAGGAUAUCUCAAGGACACUCAAGUUCAUUGGAGACGAUGGCAAGUUCAUCAAUAUAUACGAUCAUGACCAACUAUUCUGGAUUGGUGACCUUAACUACCGCAUUCCAUUACCAUAUCAAGAGGUCAAGGACAAGAUUGCACAUAAGGACUAUUACUCAUUGUUCCUGCACGAUCAGCUGUACCUGCAGAUGAAGAGCAAUUCAGCGUUUGAAGGCUUCCAGGAGCCACCAAUCAGCUUCGCCCCCACCUAUAAGUACGACCCUGGCACCACCGAGUAUGACUCGAGUGAGAAGAAGCGAGUGCCGUCGUGGUGUGAUCGUGUCCUCUGGAAGACAGCCAAGCGCGCAGAGAACGUCGGCAUUUUGGCGUACAGAAGACACGAGCUGCUGUCGUCCGAUCACCGACCCGUGUCGGGAUCAUUCAUUAUCAAGGUGCGCGUGGUCAUACCCGAGAUCAAGGGUCGCAUCUACCAGGAGAUCGUCAAGGAGCUGGACAAGAAGGAGAACGACGCGAUGCCCGACGCUCAGAUCAGCACCAACCUGGUCGAGUUUGACACGAUUCGAUUCAUGGUGCCCGUCACCAAGCAUCUGUUGCUUGAGAACACUGGACAGGUCAUUGCGCGCUUCAAGUUCAUUCCCAAGCUCGACGAGACUGUUUUGUGCAGGCCGUGGCUCACAAUCAAUCCGAUCGCAGGCAUGAUGAUGCCCAAGGAGAAGGUGACCAUCGAGCUGACGGCCUACGUCGACUCGACCACAGCACAUCCCUUCAACGUCCUAAACGAAUCAAUGGACGACAUUCUGAUUCUGCACUUGGAGAAUGGCAAGGACCACUUUGUCUCGGUCGCCGGACAGUUCCAGCACACCUUCAUGGGCAACACAUUGGAGAACCUUGUCAAGUACCCGAACCCAGUGUUCAACAGCAAGCCCAUCACCGAGGAGCACAAGAUGCUGUCGGUGCCCAAGGAAUUGUGGCGUCUGGUCGACAACAUAUACUCGAGCGGCAUGAAGGAGGAGUCAUUGUUCCUCGAGUCGGGUGUCAACCGUGAGAUGGAAGCCAUCAUCGACAGUCUGGACCGCGGCACAGCCUUCCCGGCUGGCUGCGGCAUCCACUCGAUGGCCGAGUGUCUGAUCCGCUUCCUCGAGUACCUGGCCGAGCCCGUCAUCCCAUUCUCCAUGUACCAACAGGCGAUGGACGCGUCGUCCAACGCGCUUUCGUGCAAAACCUUGAUAUCGCACCUACCCUCUGUAAACUACAACGUCUUUUUCUACCUGGUGUCGUUCCUGGUGGAGGUGCUGUCGCAUCAGCGCGACAACAAACUGACGGCCGACCAGUUGGCCAUCAUCUUCUCGACCGUCCUGCUGCGACCUAGUCCAUCAACAUCAACAUCCCAGGCAUUGGCUCCUCAAUCCGAUGCCGUCACAGUCAAGAAGAGAGCAGACUUUAUCAAGCACUUCUUUGUA